GUAAAUUACCGGUAAAAAACGCGUCAAUGACCAAGCCUGUUUUACCAUACCGGUCAGAAAAAUGCUGAUCUCUGAUUGGUUAAUACAUGUCCAAUCACAGUUUAGAAUUCCCAACGGCAUACAACUGUUUAUUUGUUCUAUCAGAUAAGGAUUUUCAUUGAGAACUUGGUGCAAUGGGGGAGAACAAAUCAAUAUAUAAACAUUUCUCUGCAUUACCUCUGCAACCUAACCAAAAAUUAAAAUCGUAUUCAUGUAACUAUUGCAAGAAAAAGUAUGCAGAAAACAUUACUCGCAUGCGAAAACAUCUUUAUAAAGAGUGUAGAAGUUGUCCUCAAGACUUACGGAAACUUUUAAAACCAUGUAAACCUCGUAAACGAAAUAAUUCUCAUCUAAACAGCACAGACGACUCAUUUACUAUUGAAGAUUUGAAUGAAGCAGACAAUAGAGCAAGUACUUCAAUGAUUUCAAAUGAAAAUUUACCAAAUAAUAUAAGUGUUUGUAGCAAUAACUAUAAAAAAAAUACAAUCGAUAGUUUUUGUGAUAAAAUGUCAAAAAAAGAUGAAGAUUCUCUACAAGAACUACUUGCAGAAGCGAUUUAUGCAUCUGGUACACCAUUAUGUAUAACAGAAAAUCCAUAUUGGCUAAAAUUUUUUAACGCAUUACGGCCUUCAUUUAAUUUGCCAUCAAGAAAUCAAAUAUCAAAUAAUCUUUUAGAUUCAGUAUUCGUUAGAACACAAAAUAUGGUUAAUGAAAAAAUUGAAUCUGCUACUACUGUUGGAGUGCAAUGUGACGCAUGGUCUAAUAUUCGCAAAGAAGGAAUCAUCAAUUUUAUUGUAACAACCCCAGCGCCAGUUUUUUUCAAAACAUUUCCAACUGGAACCGAAUCACAAACUGCCUUAUAUAUUUCUGAAAAAAUAGGAAGUGUUAUUGAUGCUUUGGGAAUUAAAAAAGUUAUCGGAAUUUGUACAGAUAAUUGUGCUGCAAUGAAAAGUGCUUGGACUUUGAUAGAUCAAAAGUAUAAUGUCGACAAAUUGUAUUGUUAUGGUUGUGCUGCUCACAUUCUUAACCUACUCAUGAAAGAUAUUGGUAGUCAAGCAACUGUUGAAACUUUGGUGACAAGUGCAACAGCUAUUGUAAAAGGAAUAAAAGAAGUACAAAUAAUGUCAGCGAUUUUCAAAGAAAUUCAAUCUCAAGAUGAACGUAGAGUAUUUAUUACCUUAAAAUUACCAGCUAAGACAAGAUUUGGAUCUACUAUAAUUAUGAUUGACAGUCUUUGUGUUAAUAAGCAUAAUCUUCAGGCUUUAGCAAUUUCUUCAAAGGCUAUUACAUUAUGGAAACCUGCUUCUCGUGCUCUUGUACUAAAUGAAGAAUUUUGGAAUAAUCUUCAACAAAUUCUUCAAUUGAUGAAACCGAUUGUAAAGUGGAUAAAUAUUUUAGAGGGUGAUAACCCUUUAAUAAAUAAAGUACCUGAAUGUUUUUAUGAUUUAUAUAAUCAUUUUAAUAAUGCAUUUAAUAAUAUUGGAAAUAUUUUUUCGGAAGAAGAAAAGCUGAGCAUAUAUACUUGUUUAGAAAAUCGUAAAACUAUGGCUCUACGGCCCAUACAUUAUGCAGCUAACUUACUUGAUCCUCAAUUAAAAGGAAAAAAUUUAAAUAGAUUUAACAGAUUAUGUGUCAGAAUCAAGUAUGUGGAGUUACGACUACGUUAAGCGAGCAAGUAUAAUCACUUCAGCAUGUCAAUGGUGGCAAAGUAUUUGCCAAAAAUCUUCGUUGAGCAAAAUAGCUGUGGCUAUAUUGACUUUACCUGCAACAUCAGCUGCAACCGAGCGUUCCUUUAGUACACAAGGAUGGAUUCAUUCAUCUAAAAGAAAUAAGUUAAGUAUCGAUAGAGCUGGAAAAAUAACAUACAUUGCAAGAAAUUUAAAAUUACUUAAUCCUUCACUAAAAAAUACAGAAGAAGAAUGGGAAGAAGAUGAGGAAAGUAAUAAAGGAGAGGAUGAAAUAAGUGAAAUUUGUGCUGAGCAUGAAGAAGUUGAAUUUUUAGAAGAAGAAUUUACUCAAGACUAAUUAGUGAUGUUGAUGGAAUUGAAUCAGUAUUAGACUUGUUAUUUCCUAAUGAAAUAUGUCAAUUAUUA